GCUUUCUUCUCAGAUUGCCCCAGAGACUCGGUAGGGGAAACUUUCGCUCUUUGGCUUGUGGAGGGCAGAGCGUCUAACUCUCGCCGCAGAUCCGAUUGCGAGAGUAUUGGCUGAGCCGGGACCCCUCGACCGCCUCGAACGGCAGGCAGACCCCACAGAGUAGACCACAGACGCUUCUUCUCUUUCGGCCGACAACUUUGAUCAGCACAGUAAAUGGUACUCCGGAGAUCUUACUUUUGCUAACCAUCCGCUGCAACCAGAUGUGGAGAAUGAAGAACUUUGCACGCAGGAAUAAGGAGGGGCUAUUGCCUAAUUUCAGUCAUGUGCUUUGAUAUGACAGCAUAUAAAUAAGCAGGGAUCUACAGAUCCAACAUCAGGCUCUUCUGACACUUGACUUCUCACCCUCGAGCCACCAUGGAGCUUCUGGGAACGACCACUAUUUUCUUGCUGGUCUGCAUCUCAUGCCUUCUUCUCUUUACCACAUGGAGAAGCACAUCACAAAAACAGAAGCAGCCUCCUGGUCCUACCACGCUCCCCAUUGUUGGAAACAUCCUCCAGCUAAACCUGUCGAACUUGCCUGAAAGCUUGAAGAAGCUCAGCAAGGAGUAUGGUUCUGUCUUCACUGUAUCUUUAGGCCCACAAAAGGUUGUGGUGCUGUAUGGCUAUGACGCGGUGAAAGAAGCUCUGAUUGAUCAGGGAGAUGACUUUAGUGGAAGAGGCAAUAUACCACUAUUUAAAAAACUCUUAAAAGAAACAGGUAUUCUGACCAGCAAUGGGGAGACCUGGAAGCAGCUCCGACGAUUUACACUCACCACCCUGCGCGAUUUUGGGAUGGGGAGGAAGAGCAUCGAGGAGCGAAUCCAGGAGGAAGCUCAUUUUCUGGUGGAGCGGAUCAGGAACACACGUGCACAGCCCUUCAACCCUGCCAACUUCCUAGUCCACGCUGUUUCCAACAUCAUCUGCUCCGUCAUCUUUGGGGAUCGGUUUGACUAUGAGGAUGAAAAAUUUAUAACUUUAAUUGACUUGCUGGAUGAAAACAAUGAGCUCCUGUCCACUGUACAAGCACAGCUAUACAAUUUCUUCCCAACUGUCAUGGACUAUUUACCUGGGCCUCAUCAAAAACUGAUUAAAAACAGUGAGAAAUUUUACGAAUUUACUUUAGGAAUCAUAGCAGAACACCAGCAAACCCUGGAUCCCACUUGUCCUCGUGAUUUUAUUGAUGCUUUUCUUAACAAAAUGCAUCAGGAGAAAGGGAACAGUCACUCAGAAUUCACCACUGAGACCUUGAGCAGAACCACACUUGACUUGUUCCUUGCAGGAACAGGGACCACCAGCGCCACACUGAGACAUGGACUUCUGAUCCUCCAGAAAUACCCAGAGAUAGUAGAGAAAAUGCAAAAGGAGAUUGACUGUGUGAUUGGCCGAGACCGAAGCCCCUGCAUGGCAGAUCGGAGCCGGAUGCCCUACACAGAUGCUGUGGCCCAUGAAAUCCAGAGAUUUAUUGAUUUGAUUCCAUUUAAUGUCCCACGUAGCGUGAUCAAAGACAUCAAGUUCAGAGAUUAUUUUAUCCCCAAGGACACUAUUAUAAUCCCAAUGCUGAAUUCUAUCUUACAUGAUAGCAAGGAAUUUCCAAAUCCAGAAAAAUUUGACCCAGGACAUUUCCUGAAUGCAAAUGGUACCUUUAGAAAGAGUGACUACUUCAUGCCAUUUUCUGCAGGAAAACGCGUCUGUGCAGGAGAAGGUCUGGCCCGGAUGGAGAUAUUCAUAUUUUUAACAGCCAUCCUGCAGAACUUUACCUUGAAGCCCACUGUGGAUCACAAGAACAUUGAUAUUUCCCCUAUAGCCAGUGCUCUGGGAAAUAUGCCCCAACCUUAUGAGGUCUCUUUUCUUCCACGUUAGCCAAGUGAAGACAGUUGACAGCUCCCAAACUCACAAAAUCUCUGCUUGAAUGAUAGUGAUUUCCCAGUCUGCUGAGACUGUAACACGCAGAUCAUUUGCUAGAUACUUUCUGGAAGGAAAGGUGUUUAGGAAAGAAAAUUGUGUGUUGCUUUUACAGUCACCACAGCCAGCUCUAGGCAUAGACAGAGUAGGCAAUAGCAUCCCGAAGGAGACAGCUCCCUGUGCAAAAUCACACAGGCUCUCCUCUGCACUGACUCACCUACCUCAGGUUCCUGGCUGGCUCCUGACCUCCCGACCUGUCAGGGAGUGUGGACCGGUGCUCGGAGAGCCCUGCUGCUGCUGUCCCUCUCACUUGAUCCUCUCAGCACAGCAGGAACAGAGGCUUGUCCUUCGGGGUUUCCACAAAUUUCACUUGAGGUACCUCUGUCCUCUCUAUUUUCAGCUUGUUUGUGACCAAUUUGUAAAUGUAAACAUUAAACAGCGGGGGUUUUUUUCUGAUAGAGGAUGAUCAUCUACUGUAUUCGUGCCCCAACACAUAUUGUCUCCUCUGGUGGGGAUGGAGUUUAUUAAUGACUGGGCAGAUGGGUCCUCUCCUGUAAAUUAUAAUGAAUACUUGUGAAAUCACAAUUUAUAUUGCAAAAUAAAGAAGUAUCACACA